CCCGCGGUGUCCCUGCAGGCAGCGCCAUGGCCCCCGGGAAGAAGAUCACGGCCAGGAUCAAGAGGACGCUGCCGGUGCGGGGCCCGCAGGCGCCCACGCUGAGCGAGCUGAUGCGGUGGUACUGCCUCAAUACCAACACGCACGGCUGCCGGCGCAUCGUCGUGUCCCGGGGACGCCUGCGCAGGUUCAUCUGGAUCCUGCUCACGCUGAGCGCCGUGGGGCUCAUCCUCUGGCAGUGCGCCGAGCUCCUCAUGAACUACUACAGCGCCUCGGUGUCCGUCACGGUCCAGUUCCAGAAGCUGCCCUUCCCUGCCGUCACCAUCUGCAACAUCAACCCCUACAAGUACAGUUCGAUGAAAGACUACUUAUCAGAAUUGGACAAAGAGACAAAAAAAGCACUGGAGACUUUCUAUGGGUUCUCAGAGGGCAAGUCCAAGGUGCGCCGUUCGGUGGGUGACUGGAAUGACACCGAGAGCCACUUCUUCGAACAGAUCCCUCUGCUGAAGUUUGAGGACUUAUCCAAGACGGCCACUGACCUCCGCAGUGGCCGGAAGAGGAAAAUUGAGGGCAGCGUCUUUCACAAGGACUCCUCCAUCGUGAACUCCGGGGAUUCAAAUGAUAUCAUCGGCUUCCAGCUGUGCGAUGCAAACAACAGCAGUGAGUGUGCACUUUAUACAUUCAGUUCUGGUGUAAAUGCUAUCCAAGAGUGGUACAAACUGCAUUACAUGAACAUCAUGGCUCAAAUCCCCUUGGAGACUAAAGAAGAAUUGAGUUAUUCUGCUGAUGACCUUCUAUUGACAUGUUUCUUUGACGGCCUAUCUUGUGACAAAAGGCACUUCACUCGUUUCCAUCAUCCCCUGCAUGGCAACUGCUAUACUUUCAACAGUGGAGAAAAUGGGACAAUCCUGAGCACCUCCACCGGAGGCAGUGAGUACGGACUGCAAGUUGUUCUGUACAUAGACGAAGCAGACUACAACCCUUUCCUGGUGACAUCAACGGGAGCCAAGAUCAUUGUCCAUGACCAAGACGAAUAUCCCUUUAUUGAGGACAUCGGCACAGAAAUCGAAACCGCAGCGGCCACCUCCAUAGGGAUGCACUUUACUCGGUCCCGCAAGCUGAGCAAGCCCUACAGCGACUGUACAGAGACUGGUGCUGACAUACCAGUAGAAAAUCUCUAUAACAAGAGCUACUCCCUCCAGAUUUGCCUGCACUCCUGCUUCCAGAAGGCCAUGGUGGAGUCCUGCGGCUGCGCCCAGUACACACAGCCGUUACCUGCCGGGGCAGAGUACUGCAACUACAAGAAAAACCCCAACUGGAUGUACUGCUACUACCGACUGCAUGAGAAGUUCGUGAAGGAGCAGCUGGGCUGCCAGCAAAUCUGCAAAGACGCCUGCAGCUUCAAGGAGUGGGCGCUCACCACCAGCAUCGCCCAGUGGCCGUCCAUCGUGUCAGAGGAUUGGAUGCUUCGAGUUCUCUCUUGGGACAAAGGGCAAAAAAUCAACAAGCUGAACAAAACGGACCUUGCAAACCUCAUGGUGUUUUACAAAGACCUGAAUGAGAGAUUCAUUUCGGAGAAUCCCACGAACACGCUCGUCAUUCUUCUCUCCAACUUCGGCGGCCAGCUGGGCCUUUGGAUGAGCUGCUCGGUUGUCUGCGUCAUUGAGAUCGUUGAGGUCUUCUUCAUCGAUUCGCUUUCCAUCGUAAUGCGGCGCCAGUGGCAAAAGGCGAAGAAGUGGUGGAAUGACCGGAAAAGGGAAGGGUCGGGGAAGCCUCCUCACGUCGGUGAUGUGGAGCGGCAGGGCCACGACAACCCCGUCUGCAUCGACGAGGACCUGCCCACCUUCAACACUGCCCUCCGCCUGCCACUGCCCCAGGAGAGCCACCUGCCCAGGACUCCCCCCCCAAACUACAGCACUUUGCGGCUAGAGACCGCCUUCACGGAGCAGCUGCCCGACACACUGGAGGCUGGGCAACACUGACACUUAUCUGCUCAUCCAGGUGCCAAAGUCAGAGGUGGGUGCUGGACCCACGUGUCUGUGGUGAAAGGCACGCACCCAAGCAAGCACUGAAGGGCUCUUGGGUCAGACCCUUAUUCAAGGAUUGAACUUGCAGUCUAAGAUUCUCUGAGCCAAGCUCAGAUGCAGAAGCCAAGGGCUCAGAAACAUUAGGAACUUCAAACAACAUCAAUUCCCAAGGUAAUUAUUGCAGGAGAUGGCUGGAGCAGGAUGUAGCACGGAGCUGGGGUGUCUUGCCAAACAGAGGUGUGUAUUUGCAACCAACUACAUGCACCCCAUUAUUUGUGGGCAGGAAUUGCUCCACAGCAGAAGAUUGAUGCCUCACUGACUAUCAACACUAAUUGCUCUCUGCUGUGUGGCUUGACUUGUGGGAAAAACCUGGGGCUUUCAGGAAUGCAGCAUGACAUUUUCAGGAAGGGUAAGGGCAAGGCUUGGGAAGAACACAAAAUGGAUACAAGGAAAGCUCUCAAGCUGAAUUUUGAUUAGGAGUCUAACUCCAAGGGUGUUUUGUAGAGCUUGUUAUUCUGGGAUGAAGAGUUAGUAUAGUCACUGAUGUGCUUGUAAAGCAAGUUAUUCACAGCUUGAGUCGGAGAACCUAAGUCAUCCCGAAAUAGUCACUGGAAAAGGGCAUGAAGUCUAAUUCAGCUUAGAGUAAUGACUGCAUAUUCUGCAAGCUUGUUUCAUUUAAUGCUGCUUGAGCUGCCUUUAAACGUAGCCUUGGAGUAGCUUGUUAAGCUCAGCCACUGAUUACUUCUCAGCAGCCUCAAAGGGAGCCGGCUUCUCUUCCUGCCCAACCCCAGGCAAGGACUUUUUCUUCCUGCAGCCGCCAGUUCACUGCCCCGACGCUGCCCGUGGUGGUGCUGCCCAGGGAGGGGACAGAGCAGGGCUGGUGCUGCUCAGGCUCCACGCACUGCCCCGACAGGAGGUGGGCACAGUCGCCUCUGUCCCCCUGCUGUGUCCCCAGCCCUACGCACACCCCACACCCUGCCUCCUGUGUGCCAGACCCUCCCCACACUGCCACCAUGCUGGGCAGAGCCAGGGCCAGGCUUUGUGCCAUUUGUUCAAGGCUGCUGCCCCUGCCCGUCCUGCAGGCGGGACCACCUCAACAGGUCCCUGCCUUACCUCCACGAGCAGGAGCACCUGGACCCGGCUCUGUGACCUGCCAGCUAGGUGACAGCAACUCCAGCUUUGUCUGAGCAUGAACCAGAGCUGCAGCUUUCCUUCCCGAGCCUGUAGCUGUCUUCCAGCAGGCUCACGCCCUGCGGCUUGCUGCCACAGAGCUGGCGAGGCAGCUCAGGGCCCCGCAUGGGCCAUCCAGGGGUCCCCAGCACAACAGCCUCCUUCCCACAGCCCCAGAUCCUGCACCUGGCCCUGCCUACUGCAGCCUCUCCCUAGCCGACUAGAACACCCUGUGUAGAUGUUGAGGAGCAACAGAUCCUGCACUGGGUUGGCUGCUUGGGGAUUUCAUAGUGAACGCACACACGCACGUGCAUGUGUCAAUGUGCAAAGGAAGUCCCUCUCUUGCUUUCUCUCUCUAGAUAAACUUAUUUUAUAUAGGAAAGUGAGAAUCCAGAAAGGUUCU